UGUAAAUACAAAUCUGCUGAUCAAUAUUUUUAAAAGUGUUUUCAUUUUGCUUUUUAUACUGUUCUACGUCCUAUGUAUUGUUCUAUCUUGUGUAACGAGAACAGACACCCUUCAGAUGUUAUAAAUAUUUCAUCUGCGGGUGUUCGGGACUAUAAUUUUAUGUUUGCAGUGGCCAAUGCACCAUUAAUUGUGUAACAUUUCACUCUAUUCUAGGAGGAAAAGUGAAGCAAUUGAAACGUUUAUUCGACACCAUGUCAGUGGUUUCAACAUAUAUAGAUACAAAGGGAUCGUUUGUUAGAAAGGACUCCAUUUUCAGAAACUGGAUUACUGCCGAUGGCUCAAGUGGUUUUCCGGCGGAGUCGGGCCGAUAUCACCUGUAUGUUUCCUUAGCAUGCCCCUGGGCACACCGCACCCUGAUUGUCCGUAACCUGAAGGGACUCAGUGACAUCAUCACCGUCGACGUCGUUGAUUGGUUGAUGAAAAAACCACCGGGAUGGUGUUUCACUCCCGACAAACGACUCUGCACCAAGGACACGGUGAAUGGGUGUUCCUCGAUAGGCGAAGUUUACCGUAAAGCGGACCCAGAAUACACUGGAGCCUUUACCGUACCCAUUUUGUGGGACAAGAAGAAAGGAACAAUCGUAAAUAACGAAUCUAGUGAGAUCAUACGCAUGUUCAACACGGAGUUUAAUGCGUUCUGUAAAACAGACGAACAACGCAAUCUUGACCUAUACCCACAAGAAUUAAGGACGAAAAUAGAUGAAGUAAACUCCUGGAUUUACCCAUACAUCAACAAUGGUGUAUACAGAUGCGGGUUUGCCCAGACCCAGGAGGCGUACAACGAGGCUGUAGGACCAUUGUUUGAACAUUUAGACAAGGUUGAAGAUAUCCUGAGUAAAAGUCGCUACUUGUUGGGCGCACGGAUGACAGAGGCUGAUAUCCGACUGUUUACCACAUUAGUCCGGUUUGACUGGGUCUACCACCAACAUUUCAAGUGUAACAAAAAGAUGAUAAAGGAGUACCCAUCACUGUGGGCGUACACACGUGAUCUCUACCAGACACCGGGGUUCGCGGUGACAGUUGAUAAAGAACACAUUCGCAGGCACUACCACGAGUCGCACGGAUCGAUUAACGCUUUUCAUAUCACCCCUGUUGGUCCUGACCUGGAUUUUACUGAACCUCACAACCGGGAGUCUCUCAGUUCUUCAUAAUCAGUUAUCGGUUCUUCUUCGGAUGGCACCUAGAAGUCUUGAUUGAUGGGAAAUUGCCAUACAUAGUUGUAGCAGAACCUUAAUGAUUUUUCAUUCGAUUUCUCCGGUGUUUUAUGUUACAUUUUUGUUGUGUUAUGCUCAUAUUAUUAAGCACUUCGUUGGAUUUUGCAGCAGAUUUUGAAUGGAACUUUAAAGAAUCAGUGUUAAACAUAUCAAAUGAUUUGAUUUGUACUAAAUAGUAUGACGAUGCUUUUGAAAUGUUGAUUGAUGCUGUUUCGACAUAAAUUUGAAUGAUAUUUGUUGUCACGUGAUAAUAGUUAAUAAAAACAAUACACAUUGUGUAAUAUGUUGUCUACAUUGUGUCU